GGACCAGAUGGGACUCAUUCCCUCCCAAACUAAAAGGAGAAACCAAUGUUUUCUCUGGUAGGCUCAACCUACCUGGCACCCCUAGAAAUAACCUCAAGUCAAAACCGUUACAAGAUGCACCACACUCUCUGCACACAGAUGCACCACACUCUCUGCACAGAUACACAACACUCUCUGCACACAGAUACACAACACUCUCUGCACACAGAUACACAACACUCUCUGCACACAGAUACACCACACCCUCUGCACACAGAUACACCACACCCUCCUCUGCACACAGAUACACCACACCCUCCUCUACACACAGAUACACCACACCCUCCUCUACACACAGAUACACCACACCCUCCUCUACACACAGAUACACCACACCCUCUGCACACAGAUACACCACACCCUCUGCACACACAUACACCACACCCUCUGCACACACAUACACCACACCCUCUGCACACAGAUACACACCCUCCUCUGCACACAGAUACACCACACCCUCCUCUGCACACAGAUACACCACACCCUCCUCUGCACACAGAUACACCACACCCUCCUCUGCACACAGAUACACCACACCCUCCUCUGCACACAGAUACACCACACCCUCAUACUCAUCUUACCAUCCAUCCCAGGCAGGGAAUUCUGUCAGCCAUGUUGUCAGGGGGGCCUGGGCAGAGAUGAGGACUGAGGUGAAUUCUGUCAGCCAUGUUGUCAGGACCUGGGCAGAGAUGAGGACUGAGGUGAAUUCUGUCAGCCACGUUGACAGGGGGACCUGGGCAGAGAUGAGGACUGAGGUGAAUUCUGUCAGCCAUGUUGUCAGGGGGACCUGGGCAGAGAUGAGGACUGAGGUGAAUUCUGUCAGCCAUGUUGUCAGGGCCUGGGCAGAGAUGAGGACUGAGGUGAAUUCUGUCAGCCACGUUGACAGGGGGACCUGGGCAGAGAUGAGGACUGAGGUGAAUUCUGUCAGCCAUGUUGUCAGGGCCUGGGCAGAGAUGAGGACUGAGGUGAAUUCUGUCAGCCAUGUUGUCAGGGCCUGGGCAGAGAUGAGGACUGAGGUGAAUUCUGUCAGCCAUGUUGUCAGGGCCUGGGCAGAGAUGAGGACUGAGGUGAAUUCUGUCAGCCACGUUGUCAGGGCCUGGGCAGAGAUGAGGACUGAGGUGAAUUCUGUCAGCCAUGUUGUCAGGACCUGGGCAGAGAUGAGGACUGAGGUGAAUUCUGUCAGCCAUGUUGUCAGGGCCUGGGCAGAGAUGAGGAGUGAGGUGAAUUCUGUCAGCCAUGUUGUCAGGACCUGGGCAGAGAUGAGGACUGAGGUGAAUUCUGUCAGCCAUGUUGUCAGGGCCUGGGCAGAGAUGAGGACUGAGGUGAAUUCUGUAGAGAUAGGAGAAGAGACUGUUCUGCAGGAGAAUGUGUGUGCUGUAAGGAUUGAACAGCUGGCAGCUCUGAGAUAACUCAACACCCCAGCCUCCUCCCUGCUCUCCCUUCCCUCGUUCCCUCCCAGGUCAGAGGUCACGGAUCAGCCCAUCUCUCUAUCCCUUCCUC